AUGGCGGAGGAUAAGAAGAACGUUCCAUAUGACUUGUCACGGCGCAGUGAGCGGUCAACUGAGGAAAUUGUCCCUCUGUUUUGUUUCUCGUGCGGCCGAACAGGCCAUAAUCACGAAGGAUGCUCCAAAGGAAGGCCGGGCAGCGGCUCCUCGCUCGAUGUGACGCAGUCAUACGCUGGAGGAACUCCGGCAUCUGUCGAUCCACCCUCGCAACCAAGCGGAGGCACAAGCUGUCCCAGCCCCUCAUCGGUUGGGAUUAAACCUCCGCGGCGGAAACCAUCUAAGAAAGCCACGAAAAGUACAACCCACGAAGAAUUGGAAAAGCUGUAUCGGACAGGAGAAGAAAGUCGCAAUCCUGUCGGCGAAAGUGUCAAACUGUACAACGAGCAAAUAAGCAUAUCUGACCCCAACUUCCGUGACAUAAAAGCGGAAUCCUUCGAAGAAUGCGGAUUGCAUCCCGACAUACUCAAGGUAUUGAAGAGUAUGCAAUACGAGAAACCGUUCCCGGUACAGAAGUAUGCGAUGAGCAUAAUCCAAUCCGGUAGGAAUCUCAGAGCGAGCGCCUGCACUGGCACCGGGAAAACUGCUGCUUUCCUGCUGCCGAUUAUCAAUAACAUCCUGAAGAGAGACAUCCGCUCCUCGAAGGAGCUCCCCCAGCGUCCGAAAGCGCUGAUAAUCUCUCCAACGCGCGAGUUGGCUCAGCAACUGUUCAAUGAUGCGACCAAGUUUACUGCUUUUACCGACGUGAAGGCGAAGCUUUGCCACGGGAAAACCAGCGUCGAUCAAGAAACUCAGAGAAUCAAGUCAGGAGUGAACAUUCUGAUCGGGACCCUGGGUAGAACUGUCGACCAUCUUCGGCGGGAGACAGUCGCCCUCGAUGAGCUCGGAUAUCUGGUAUUCGACGAGGCGGAUCGCAUAAUGGAGGAGGACUUCGCGGAAGAGUUCGAGGAUUUCAAGCGAUUCUUGGAGAAAUCCGGUUGUCGACCGCAAACACUCAUGUUUUCAGCAACUUUCGCUGACAGUGUCAUGAGCAAGAUAAAGUCAUUAUUAGCCGAUCACGUCGUCCUGCGCGUCGGAGUCCAAGGUACCGUCAAUGAAGACAUAGACCAGAAUGUAGUCGCGGUCCCGGAAGAUGAGAAGAGAGAGAAGCUCCUGGAAAUGAUCAUCGCUGGACCGACGGAUAAAACACUCGUCUUCGUGAGGUCAAGGGAACGCGCUGACAUGCUCAUCGACUAUCUGUUCCGGAACGAGAUUCGAGCGAACGUGCUCCACGGCGAACGGGAUCAGUACGAACGCACAAAAGCUCUGAGAGAGUUCAGCGAUGGGAGCGUUUCCAUAUUGGUCGCAACCUGGUUAGCCAACCGAGGUUUAGACAUAAGCUUGGUGAACCACGUCAUAAACUAUGAUUUACCGAAUACGAUGGAGCAGUACAUUAACUGUUUGGGGCGCACAGGACGAGUCGGGAAUAGAGGACGAGCAACUUCAUUCUUCGAUCCACGUUUCAGUGAAGAUAUUGCGAUGGCACCCGCUCUCUGUCGGAAACUCCUAGAAGGUGGAGCUCCCGCGAUUCCAGAAUUUCUGAGAGUCGAAUAGUUUGCCGCUUUCCCAGCUGAUCCGCCCCACCAUCUUUCCUUUAAGUUUCAAUAAAUCCCAAAGAUUCGUAUUUCCAUCGGGAUCGGU